AUGGUAACUUUUGUACAACUUUUACAACAUAAAACUUCUACCAAAUCUACUUUACUAUCCUCUGAUGAUAAAUCUGAUUCAAGUAUAAUUAAAGAAAAUAAACCUAUGAAAGUUCAUGUUUUACGUCUUAUUGAGCUUACACAACGCAUGUCAGCGGUGAUGAAGUUUAAUGAAAUCUCAGAGACUAUUUUACACGAUCCAAUCAUGAACAUGUUCUCUGUACUUAGUCAAAUUAGUUCGAUGAAGGUUAAUGCCAAAUUAGCUGUUGCCGCUCCAAAGGACUUUUGUCAAGAAAUUACUGAAAAUAUACAAGAUUAUGAUAUUAAUUUGGUAAUAAUUCCAUGGGAUGGUGCAGGUGAAAUAGUAGAUACACCAAUUGAAAAUGAAGAUAAUACACUACGUGAGAAAAAACAUACAAGCCCACAACGUGGGCGUGUUUGUUUUGGUAGUACUGAUAACACAUAUACACUUUCUAAUUCUAUGGGUUAUCUUAAUGUAUUUAUGCCUUUCUUUGGUGGUGCUGAUGAUCAUGAGGCGCUCACUUUCGUUUUUAGGCUACUCGAAUAUCCAAAUGUCAACAUAACAGUUUUUAGAAUAAUAAAAUCAGAACAGCCCACAGAAAACGAUGUCACGUUAAAACCUUCCGGGAUUUUAAAUGUUGAUGAGAAAGAAAGUUCUUCACUUAAUCGACGAAUUUCAACCAUUACUAUUAGUGAAGCUACUGCACAUCAGGAAAAUGAAGAGGACGAAUCUUUUUUGGAAAAAUACUUAAAAUCAAAAUCCGGUUAUCCUGCGAGAAAUGCACGUAUAAGUUAUCAAGAAAUAUCAUCUUAUACACCAAUACAAACUGCUGUUGAAUAUGCUAAAAAAGUAGUCAGUAGAAAGGAUUUAGUUAUUGUAGGACGUAAUCGUCAUUCAUAA